AUGGCCAUGAACUCGACGAGUUUGUUAAUAAAUUCUAAAGUUGUGAACCCUAUCCAGCGAGUCAGCAGAAUACCUUGGGAUGAUUCUUGUACCUUACCCGAAGAAAUCAAAUUCAUGGGCAAAAAGUCCUGCAUCCCAACACCUUUUCAUAGGGUUCCCAAGCUGCGGCCUUCUAACCUGUACCUUUCUAUCCCACAAUUCCGCAUAGCCCCACGUUUAUCAAAGGCAAGCUGCAAGCAAGACAAGACACAAGGAACCAUGACCACCACAGCCGUCGAAAAUCACACCAAAAUCUCCAAGAAUAACGUCUAA